GGGAGGACUGGGUUGUCCCUCACUGCCACCUGUCUGUCCUCCCUGCCACAGGAACUCCUCACAUACUUCCAUUUUGCACAAAACAGGAGACUUGGAGGGAUGUGAAGCACCUGCGGGGUCAAGUCCAAAAAAGAAAAGAAAAAAAGAAAAAAAAAGGACAUUAUCAAAAGACCACACCUAUGAUGUUGAAGGCAAAACCUUACUGAAGAAGUGCGACCGAGGGCUACAGUAAAUGCCCGUGCUUUGGGGCGUAGCAUCUGUCCAGCGAGCAAGGAUGCGGCCUUCCCCCGUAGCCAAUGUCUGAAGUUUGCCUCCAUGAGUACAGCGUUGGGAGCCAUCCCCAUCCUCUUCAGGCACCCGUCCGUCUCUGGCAUGUCCCGGAUCACCAACAGCUUGUUCAUCAGCAAUGGGGAGGCUGCCAACAACAAGCUCUUCCUUUACGCCAACCAAAUCACCACGGUGAUCAACGUCUCGGUGGAGGUGAUCAACACCUAUUUCCCGGACAUCUACUACAUCCACGUCCCAAUAGCCGACUGCCCCUCUUCCCGCCUUUAUGACUUCUUUGACCCCGUAGCCGAUAAGAUCCACACGGUGGAAUUAAACCAAGGCCGGACGCUGGUGCACUGUGCCGCGGGCAUCAGUCGCUCGGCUGCCCUUUGCAUAGCCUUUCUGAUGAAGUAUCACACCAUGUCUCUGGCCAACGCCCACGCCUGGGUCAAAUCCUGCCGGCCCAUCAUCCGGCCCAACAACGGCUUCUGGCAACAACUCAUUCAGUACGAGCACAAACUCUUUGGCAAGACCAGCGUCAGGAUGAUCCAGUCCCCGCUGGGGGUGAUCCCUGACCUCUACGAAAGCGAAGUCCGAGUCAUGAUCGCCUUGUGACAUUACAGAACCCGCACUCCUCCGCUGCAGAGGGGUCCCUAUUG